GAUGAGUUUUCAGAGGUAGCCAGAGGCAAAACUUCGUAAAUAGUUUUAUCUUCCAGAAGGAAAGGAACCAGUGAAAUGGUGAUACUUUGUAUUUCACUGAGUUGAAAAGAACUUCCUGGUGAAAUGCAUGCAGCAGGUCCUGGUAAGGGAGGGCUUGUCACCGUGGACUGCACGUGUGUGAGUGGCAGCUACAGCUCGGCAAUUGCAGAAAAUCCUGGUGAGAGAUGAGCAAGAGGGUGAGGCAGCAGUGCCCAGGAGGAGGUUCUGAAACACAGUUCCGGUGUGGAAUUGAGUAACCGUAGGUGCAACAGCAAGAAGAAAGAAGUGUUUGUGAAAAACACCAGCAGAUGAGCCUCUAAAUGUACCGGAAGGUUAGAACGUUGGAGAAAUGCCGCAGACAGUGGAGAUCGUAAAGGCCUGGUCAGAGCCAGACAAAGGGGGCUGGGCGGACUGCGCAGGGCGCUGGGCAGUGCUGCUCUGACAGUGCUCCGUACAUGGGAGUCUGGGCGGUGCAGGGAGGCUGUAGCCCACGGGACGCAGCAGGACACCCAGCCUUUAGACGAGCUCGUCUCCAAUCCCUGAGCUGUGGCCGGGAAGCCUGUGGGCCUCACAGGGCUUGUGUGAUCUGCAGCGCUUCCCACCUGGGUUCUUCCUGCAACCUCUCCCUGCAUCUGCCUGGGGCCCUCGCCCCCACCUGUGUGUCAGCUUUCCUCACAGACACUCUGGCUGGGGUGUGGCAGUAUUUAGGACAGUGCCAUGGCCCCUAGUUCAGGGCACCCUCUCUGCUGGUCCUACUGAGGGUCUCUUCAUGCUUCCCAAGAACAGAUUUGGUCUACCCAAUCCUGUGCCCUCACCUUUGUUUUUCUGGGUUCAAAUUCACGUGUUAGCGGCCUGUUCUAGAAGCCCGGCUGUGGUCGAGGCCCUGCUUCCAGGCGACAGCUCGCUGCCCACCCAGUCUGCAGGUUGGUCUGUUCCUAAAUUUCCCUUUCUCCCCUCCAUCUCUGUGCUGGGCCCAGGACGUCCAUUCCUUUAUGAGCCUUGCUGGCGUUGACCUGCUAGCUUGUCUGCCUCUCAGUGAACCCCAGGUUUUCACCUGCCUUCUGUUCGGGGUCACUGCGGUGAGUUCCUGAAGUCUGGGCUGCGGCCUUUCAGUUCUCCCCAACGCAUGCAGCUUGCCCUGUUGCGCGUGGCCACACCCCAGGACCUGUGUCCUCUCUGUCCGCCUCCCGUUGUGCUGGAGCUUCAGUAGUGAGUGAGACGAGGCUUGCAGGUCCGACUGGUGCCCUGACGCUGAGGUGAUGGUGGUGGACGGCUGGUUCGUGGAAUGAGGAGGGCAAAACAAAGUCAAGGCCGGUCGUGUUGGACAAGAGCAGAUGCCAUUGCCACAGGACACUAUGCAAGGACGUCCCUGGAAGAGGAAGAGGUCUUUCAGCAGAGGCACGUUAAGAGGCCAGAAGGACUUUUCCGAAACCGAUUUGAAGUUAGAAAUGCGGUAAAACUUCUCCAAGCAGCCGACAGCUUUAAAGACCAGACCUUCUUUCUCAGCCAGGUUUCCCAGGACGCCCUGAGGAGAACCAUCUUCCCUCUGGGGGGGUUAACCAAAGACUUCGUAAAGAAAAUAGCUGCAGAGAACAAGCUUCAUCACGUGCUUCAGAAAAAAGAGAGCAUGGGCAUCUGUUUCGUCGGCAAGAGGAACUUUGAGCACUUCCUCCUUCAGUACCUGCAGCCGCGUCCCGGCAGGUUCGUUUCCAUAGAAGACGGGAGAGUGCUGGGCACGCACAAAGGCUGGUUCCUGUACACCCUGGGCCAGAGAGCCCGGAUAGGCGGCCUGCAGGAGCCCUGGUACGUGGUGGAGAAGGAUGGCGCCAAGGGCGACGUGUUCGUGGCCCCCCAGACAGACCACCCGGCCCUGUACAGGGACCUGCUGCGGACCAGCCGCGUGCACUGGAUCGCGGAGGAGCCACCUGCUGUCCUGGUCCGGGACAAGAUGAUGGAGUGUCACUUCCGGUUCCGCCACCAGAUGGCGCUAGUGCCUUGCGUGCUGACUCUCAAUCAAGAUGGCACCGUGUGGGUGACGGCCGUGAAGGCUGUGCGGGCCCUUGCCUUGGGACAGUUCGCCGUGUUCUACAGGGGCCAGGAGUGCCUGGGCAGUGGGAAGAUCCUGCGAUUGGGGCCGUCCGCCUACACGCUCCAGAGAGGCAGGAGCGGAGCCCAGGUGGCACCUGAAAGCCCAGGAGAUGGCCCAGGCCUGCGACCUCCACUCUGACAGGCCUGGAGAUCUGAGCCGGGCUGGGCUGGCACAUGGCCGGCAGGUUCAGCAGGGCCCUGGCCUGCUGCCCACUGGGACAGCCCCAGGGAGGGCCCUAUCUCCUACAGCUCGAGCGCCGGCCCCCCAGAGCACGUGCUGACUGAGGGUCUGUCCCGUGCCCUGUUUAUGGAGCUCUGUCGCUGUCACCGGAGAAGGUUCUCACCCCUGAGCACCUGCAGGGAGCCUUCGUAGGUUGCAGGAACUGUGAUAAAUAAAAGUUGUUUUGGGGA